GCUAUGAUAUUGUUCGCAAUAUCAGUUCAUAUCCCAAAGAUAUCCCGACAAUCUUUCCGAUAUGUUACAUUUGGAGACGAGCAAACUGUACACCUAACACUUUUCCUUAAAAAAGGCAAAUGUCUUUUUAAUUCUAAAUGUGGAUUACUUUUCAAAUGUAAACGAAACGAGAAUCAAAGUAUUGAGUUUUUAUCCGAGCGGACACUUUGAAGCUCGAUGUCCAGUGGAUAAAAAACAUAUCAGUGGUCAAAAACAUUGCUUUGAUGCAGUGGAAAGCUAUUGAGAAAGCGAUUUUAAUUAAUAAAUAAUAAAAUUAAUUCUACGCGCCAUUGGCUGUCUAAACUUGAUAGGUAAUUGUCACUUUUCCCUUUUUUUUGCUCGCAGGCUAACGAUUUCAAUGAACAUUCGAUUAUUUUACAGAUAGUUCUUGCUCCCUGAAAUACAUCAAGCAUGGUUGCUAUAAGGAUAAAAGUAAACCUUCACUGAGGACUUUGAAAGAAUUGAUAUUUCAAGAUCGAUACAAAGGAAAAACAUUCAGUGGACAAAAGAUAUCCUGGAAAAACUGGGCUACAUAUCUCCCGGAGUAAGUUAACACACUCUGCGAGAUCAGAGGCUUCCUGAUAUGAUAAGAAGUAGGGGAGUGUACGUCCUGCCGCCUAAUAUCUUCCCGUGAUGACGAGUUACUAAUACUCUGUGAGAUGAGAGAGAUUUUAGUAUUAACUUUUUGUGCACGCUCCUUAGCGAUCGCAUUUCGCUAAAACGCGCAUAAAUUGAAAACAAAAAACUAGUUGGAGUUAAUUCUUCAUUGUUUUGGGUUAAAAACUAAAAGUUUGUUUGUUUGUUUGUUUAAAAAAAAAAACGCGUUUACUUUUACUUUGACCCCAUCUUUCUCUUAAAAUGACAUAAUCCAGUAACAAUUUUUAAAAAGAAGAGCAGCGAUGAAUCAUUUUUCGCCGUCAGCUCAAGUAUGAAGUAUGAAUGCCUUCGUUUAAUUCUCGAUUGUUAGUCCCAUUCUUAUUUUUUAUAUCCUUUAUUAUAUAUUCCUCCAGGCUUGUUUGUCGGUGUGCAAUAGCCGCAUCCAAUAAAGGCUAUGUUUACUUUGGAAUUCAGUUCUAUGGUGAAUGUUGGAGUAGUGCAGAUGCUGAGUCUCGCUUUCAUAUGUACGGAGCUACCAAUAACUGCGUCAACACAGACUAUAAUCCCUGUGAUGAUCAGGCAAGCAACGAGGCGUGUGCAGGGGCCAACCAUUCCAACUAUGUAUAUGAGAUUAUAAAGGGU